AUGGCCUGUCCAGAGCAAGGUGAGAGCCGGGAGGAAGCCGAGCUAUGCGGGCAGUCGUCGCCGUACGCGACCUCUUCCACGACAGCGGGCAAUCACCUGAAGGCCACGCCCAGCGCCCGGGAAGACAGCAGCCUCCAGGCCGCGAUGAGCUUCGUCUCGCUGCCAGUCGAGGAGGCUGGCACCUGCGGAGACCUCGUCCACCUCAUCCUGGGCGGCUGCUCGGCCCUGCGCUGCGCGGACGCCGUGUCGGCUGAGCAGGCCCCUGCGCUGGCCUCGGCACUGGCGUCUCCAGCCGCAGCAGCGCUCGAGGUGCUCAUCCUCUCGUCCAACGAGUUGGGACCCGAAGGCAUCGACGUCCUCUCAGCGGCGCUUCCGCGCUGCCAAGGGCUGAGGCAUCUGGAUGUGAGCUGGAACUCGCUGGGCCCGAGUGGGGGCGAGGCCAUUGCUCAGGCUCUUCCUUCUAUGAGCCUCUUGCAGUUGGAUCUGUCUUCGAACCAGUUGGAGGCCGAGGGAGCCAAGGCGCUAGCCGAGGCGCUGACAAUGCCGGAGGCCACGAUCACAGCCUUAGACCUGAGCUGGAACGCCAUUGGCGAGGAGGGCGGCAUCGCCAUCGCGCGGAUGUUGCCUUUAAACAGGCGCCUGCGGCGGCUGAACCUUGCGAUCAACGAGAUGAAGGCGGCUUCCGGCAGAGCCUUUUGUGACGCCCUCGCCCGAGGCCACCCGAGCCUGGAGGAGCUGGAUCUUGAUGGUAACGACAUUCCGGAGGACGAUAUGCCUCGCCUUCCCUGA